CCUAACGUCACAUCGCGCCGCAGCCAAUUGUAAACCCGCGCGCGGCGCGCCACAUUCGAACACCGGCUGAGAAGAGAGAGAGAUUGGCGGGCGCGCGCGCCAGAGAACAAAAGAGCUAAUCAGAGAGCAAGAGAGCGCGGGAGUUGGCCGUAAGUGGGAACCCCAGGAGCAGCUGAGCGCGAAGCUUAAGAAGCGCUUUUUUUUUUUUUUGCCCUUUUAGCUCUCCGUGUCUUUUGGUGCUUCGCCCCCACACGGUCGUCUUCCUUACCGGGCCCUGAGGUUUCCAUGGCAACCCCACCCAAGCGGAGUCGGCCAGAGAACAAAAUCAAAAAGAUCGCCAUAGAAGGCAACAUAGCUGCAGGGAAAUCUACCUUUGUGAAUAUUCUCAAACAAGCCAGAGAAGAGUGGGAAGUUGUUCCAGAGCCUGUAGCAAGGUGGUGUAAUAUUCAGAGUUGCCAAGAUGACUGUGAGGAGCUGACAGCCUCACAAAAGAGUGGUGGCAACUUGCUCCAGAUGAUGUAUGAGAAACCCGAGAGAUGGUCUUUCACUUUCCAGACCUAUGCCUGUCUGAGCAGAAUCCGGGCCCAACUCAAAUCUCUCGAUGGGAAGCUCAAAGAGGCUGAGAACCCUGUCGUCUUCUUUGAGAGAUCGGUUUAUAGUGAUAGGUACAUUUUUGCAUCUAAUUUAUAUGAAUCUGACUGCUUGAAUGAAACUGAGUGGACUAUUUACCAAGACUGGCACAACUGGAUGAAUCAGCAGUUUGGCGCAAGUCUUAAACUGGAUGGCAUUAUUUAUCUCCGAGCAACUCCUGAGAAAUGUUUGAAUAGGAUUUAUGUGCGUGGAAGGGAUGAAGAACAAGGCAUUCCUAUAGAAUAUCUGGAAAAGCUUCACUACAAACACGAAAGCUGGCUCCAGCACAGGACAUUACGAACAGAUUUUGAAUACCUGCAAGAGGUACCUGUCCUAACACUUGAUGUAAAUGAGGACUUUAAAGGCAACAAGGACAAGCAUGAAAAUAUGAUUGAAAAGGUCAAAGAAUUUUUGAGCACUUUAUAGCCAUCCCAGGAAGCGCACUGAAUUUGAACACCUCGUACAUCUACAUCAGUUAGCUUGUGUUGCUGAUUCUGUUUUACUUGAAGUUUCCAAAGACAAGAUUUAUCAUCAUUGCAUUAUCAAAUAUUGUUAUGAAAUUGUUUUAUAAUAUUUAUCUUGUUUUCAGAUUUCUGGGAUGACACACUUGUCAAGAAUGGCAGGUCCAGUAUUUCAAAGCAGUAUUUCAAAGCAGAAUUCAGAGGUGCCUGCAAAUUACAUUACGUUCUGCUUGUUGGUAGCAUCAUUGAAAUAAUUUAGCAAAAUCAUUGACUUUUCUGGAACUGAUCUUGUCAAGCAGGAUGAAAUCUUGGCCCCCACUCCAUGCAUACCCAGAAUCUGGUUGGAAUAUUCACAUACUCCCCAGGGCUGUGGAAACACACCAUUGGGAGGCAGUUCUCCAAUCCCACUGGAUCUGUGGGGGUCUACAGAUUAUUCCUGAGCAAGCUGCUUAUAUAAGUCAUUUGUGAUACAUUUUAAGAGAAUCAUAUGCAAAUUAGCAAAACAAAUAUUCCAUCUUUUAAUAAGGUUUUUUUAAAGGCAUUUUCCCCCAGACAAAGGUUUCUAGGUCUUGCUAUUGCCUGCUUUUGUAAAGUGAAAAAGUGUUUGUAAGCACUUGCUUUAUCAUCUCUCUGCAAUAUGAAGAAGUUUUUAAAUUAGCUAUAGAUUAUGAUGAUUUAUCACUGAGGAGAACACUUAAUCCUGCAGUCUUUCCCCCCUCUUUUAUUAAAGACAGGGCUACAUGCAGAAAACCAAAUGGGCAGGUACCUGCCAGAUAAGAUUUUCUACACACCCACCCCCCAGAUUUUUUUAAAGUGAAAUAUUGUUAAUGGGCAUCAUGUAGUGAUUCACCACUGUUUUUGGAAGCUCCUGAAUUGUCCUGAACCAUAAUUUGCUUAUACAUUCUCUACUUCCAUUUGUCAAGAAAUCUGCCUUAAAUUGGUCAGAUGUUGAGCCUGCUGGGCUUGAAUCUUAUGUGCAAAACUGCUUGGACAGCAGUAAUUGGGUCAUGAUCACCAGUUGGGUUGUUCACCAAGCUAGCUAAGUCAUGUAAGUAGCAAAUAACCUCUCCUGCCAUCUGAUUGCUACCUUGCUUCACAUUUGCUGAUUUUUUUUUUCAUGUUGCAGAAUAGUCCUCUUGAUCCAGAAUUGAUCCGCGUUUGGUUUUGGUUUUGGUUUAAAAAGCAACAAAAACAUGUAACUUUUCCUGUUGGGACUGUUUAAUGGGAGGGGAGAAUGGGCAAGCAUAUUUUUGUAUCUAUCUCACCUACUUCUGGCGGGAUAUCCUUUCAUUCUCUAGCCACUUGGAGCAGGAAGAAGGAAGGGAUCUUCUGGAGGAAGCAUGGUUUAAAUGAUUUUUUAAUUUUUUAUUUUUUUUUGCAAUUGUUCCCCCCCCCCAACAUUACAAAGCAUUGGGCAGCAUCCAGUCUAGUUAAUCAUGACUACGCACCAUUGAAAUCAGUGGCCAGCAUCUUGACUAACGAAGCCUCAUUGCAAUGGGAGAAGCACCAGUGCUUCUGAAAAGCUCAGCUCCAUUGCUGGCUCAGUGGGGGAAAGUUUCAGUGACCUCUCCUUCCCCAGGAAGUGCUCUGAAACACCUAUGUCAGUGAGAGUUGUGCAGUCCUUGAACAUAUAUUCACAUACAGAGGGCUUUUGUGGAGAAUUGGUCUUACGGUAGCAAGCAUGAAUUGUCCCCUUUGCUAAGCAGGGUCUGCCCUGGUUUACAUUUUCAUGAGAGGCUAGAUGUCAGCACUGGAAGUCAGCACUGGAAGAAGGCUAGAUGUCUAGUGGAAGAUACUCCCACUAGAGGAUGGGGCCGCUCUGGCAUUUGCGUGCAGGAAGUUCCAAGUUCCCUCCCUGGCCUCUCCAAGAUAGGGCCAAGAAAGACUCGUGUCUGCAACCCUGGAGGAGCCGCUGUCAGUCCAAGUAGCCAGUACUGAGCUAGGUGGACCAAUGGUCUGACUCUGUAUAAGGCAGUUUCAUAUGUAAUGGGAGGUUGCUGAAAUCCCCCCACACAGUAGCACCAAUGAAGCGUUGGUCUGGAGCUCUUCAGAAACAUUGGUGCUACACCAGUACUUCUCCUCUUGCACUGGUACUUUGUUAGUCAGGAUGUCAGUCCACGGGGAAUAUCUAACUUUAGUUAGUUAAGUAUCUAAAGUUAGUUACUAACUUAAGUCUUGUUAAAAAGCAAGUCUUGUUAAUUUCAGUGGGACUAGUCAUGAUUCACUUAAUCAGGAUGCUGCGUACCUGUCUUUUAAAUAGGUGUCUGUAUAUAAUAACAGUAUGUGUCUAGAUGUAGUUGUCUUCUUUAAGGUUCUGUGAUGUUUGUGCUAACUCUUAAUGCCUGUGUGUUGGAGAUUUUUGUUGGCUGAAAUAAAUAUGGAACUGUCCCAAUUCUGCACCACUUCAGUCAUGUGUCAAAAGUCUUCAUGGAUUUCCAGUUACUAGGUUUAAUGUUACUUUGCUCCUUGUAGCUUGAGUGCCGAGGUUGCAGAUUUUAAUUCUUUCAAAAAUGCACAAGCCGGGGAUUCCCUAUCCCUACACUCUCCAUGCACUCUGCCUGCACGGGGGUGUGUGGGAUAAGGGGUUUGAACUCAUUCAGCAGUUUUCUCUGCUGUCUGUCACUCUCCUCCUGCGCGUAUUGCACCUGCUGUGUGCAUAAAUAAGUGUAGCAUCCAAUGACAACUGCCUAUCGUAUUCUCCAACCCCAUAAACGUUCUUUGCAUUUUCUGCAGCAGUUUAAAGCUGACUUACAGGCAGUAAGUUUGUCUGCUUAAAAGGACUGGCUGGAUUAUUUAGGAACAUAGGAAGCUGCCUUAUGCAAGCUGCCUUAUACUUUUUAUUUUUAUUGAAAGAAUAAGAAAAGGAAAGAUAAGAAACUUACAUCAUCAUCUCUUGAGCUUCUAGAUUCCAAUAAUUAUAUAAGGCAUAUUACAAAAACAGUCCAUUUCCACCCUCCAUCAACCUUUACCCCAUAACAAACAAGAAUUGCAGACGAAUAUAAAUAAUACACAAGUCGACCCUCAAUGUUAAGAAAAGCCGAACCUUGGAUGUGGGUGCAAACCUUGUGCUAUAUUAAAGCUUAUAAAAUGUCCCCAAAUUAACACAAAUGGUUCUACUGACAUAUUCCACAAAUAGGCAGUCACCUUAGCCAUUGAAGCAUAUUCCCAUAAUUUUAAUAGCCAUUCAUCCAAGGUUGGAACUGUCUGUGACCACCAGUUGGUGGUGUAGAGAAUCCUAGCAGCGGUGAUCAUGUAUAAAGAUAAUUCUGUGUAUUUAAUGGGUAUACUAGGUUUAGUCAUAUUUAGUGCAAAAAAAGAGAAAAAAGCUCAGGUGAAUAAGAUCCCCCCCCCCCCGCUGCAUCUUAAGGUGGAUUUUUUCCAGAAUUGUUGUGCUUUACUGCAAGUCCACCACAUGUGCUAAAAUGUCACCGAAUGGUGCUUGCAUUUCCAACAAUUUCCUGGAUAGCUGCUGUCCAUCUUACUAAUAGUAAUAGGGGUGAUAUACCAGUGAAAAUAUAUUUUAUACCAAUUUUCUCUUAGAAGAUUGUUUGCUAUAUAUUUAAUAUUCACCUUCCACCGAUGCUCCCAGUUUUGAAUCUGUUGUUCUGUUAAGGUUUUGCAUCCGCUUGAUCAUAAGGUCUUUAAUUUGUUCUGUUUCUGUGUCAUAUUUUAACAGCAAUUUGUAUAUUAAUCCCAAUAAAUGAUCAACAUUUUUGGCUAUUAAUGCUUCAAAUUCCAUUAAAUCUCUGAGCUUUC